UCGAUGGGUGGACAAGAACACCAAGGGAAAGAAAGUGCCUCAUAAAGUGAUGCGUUAUUUUCCUUUAACCCCUAGGUUAAUGCGAAAAUAUGCAUCGAGGCACAUUGCUCAACAUAUGAGAUGGCAUCACGAGCAACGUAUAAAAGAAGAUGGUGUAUUGCGUCAUCCUGCUGAUGGGAAAGCUUGGAAGGACUUUGACCGAAAUAAUCCAACAUUUGCAAUGGAACCCAGGAAUGUGCGUCUUGGAUUGGCUGCAGAUGGAUUCAAUCCCUUUGGUAAUAUGAGUCUGUCUUAUAGUAUGUGGCCGGUAGUGUUGACGACAUAUAACUUGCCACCAUGGUUGUGCAUGAGAGAAACUAAUUUCAUGUUGAGUUUAUUAAUUCCGGGACCUCAUUCGCCAGGAAAAGAUUUUGAUGUUUUCUUAAGACCAUUGAUUGAUGAGUUAAAAGAAUUAUGGGUGACUGGUGUACAGACUCGAGAUGCAGUCGAUGGCAGUUUCUUCACUCUUCGGGCAGCUUUGAUGUGGACUAUAAACGAUUACCCAGCAAGGAGUAGCCUUUCUGGAUGGACUGCUCAAGCGCCUCCAAGUAAACGUGGACGCCAUAAGGGAUUGAACACGCGGGAAAAGAGGGAACAGUUGGGGCGUCCUCUCCCUCUCGAGUGGGAUGUGCGGGGGAGAACAUAUAAAGAGAUCGGAGAGUACAGCUCAAAUUUCUCAAGAGAGCUCGGAUUACUUGUUCGACAGUACACAGAUCCGGACUGUCCUCAAUAGUCAAAAGUACCAAAUGCCUCGAAAGAAAGAAUACUUGCACAUUUGGAAGUAAGUAGUUUAUGUAUUUUUAUGUUAAUUCUCAUUUUAUGUUAUAUAUGAUAUUUACUAAUAAAUGUUUGUAAAUUAGGAUGAUUUGUUUGAUAUUGGGCGUACUAGAUAUGGAGAAGGGCAUAUGCCUGGGAUCUUGAGAGGCAUUGAUACUUCGUGUGCUAAAAAGUAUUAUGACUGGAAGUACGAUAUUAAAGAGCAUUUAACGAUUAAUGGGCCACAAAAUCGUUAUGGUGGUUGCACGGAUACGCAGUGGCAAAAAGCAAUUGAUUUUUUCCGACGCCCAGAAAUUACGGUAUUAAUUUCUUGCUAAACUUAACUAUCUUAAUUAAAUAUAUUACUAACGAUAACUUUUUGCAGAAACGUUCUGUGGUCAACAAGGAAAAUAGAAAGAAACUGAAAGAGCUUAGCUAUGGAGGUUCUCAGUCAAUCCCAGCCUUACGCUAUAAAAAGGAGGAAUUGCGUGCAUACCGCGACACACAGCAGACACAGGCAACUGAUACUGAGAGUUCCACACCAGUUUCGAGUGCGCCUGAAGAUGAAGACAUAUCUUUGGUACAAAAUGUCUUCGGAAAACGACGGGGCCACCAGAAAGGAUAUAGACGUAUCCUUAACAUAAGGGACCGAACUCCAUUUGAUUUUCGUCCUUCGCAAACUAGAGAUGAAGAGUUGUCUGAGAUGAGAGAGUGUCUUCGACAGUUAGAGGAGCAUGUCCGGACUCAUUGUAUCACCCCGGGAUCUCAAUCUGCCCCACCACCACCCGAUGAUCCCGAUGUUGGAGCACCGACUCAGUAGGA